GAGGGGGUGUGCGCUACAGCCGGGGGGAGCCAUAUCUUCAGUGAGGAUAGGGUCAUUUAAUAAAAGCCACUUGGAGCAGGAGGAGAUCACACAUACACGCACACAUACACUACACACGCCGCGUACGACGAGUCAAAACACCGCCACACAUAGCACCACACAAGGAAGAGGAGACAACACACACACGCGGAAGAAGAGAGCUCCUCUGAGUCACCGACAGUCACUCACUCAAAAGACCCAGCAACUUUUCACUGACUACUCCAGUCCACACUCGGAGAUCCGGGGAAAAGGCCGUGAAGCGGGCGAAGAUGCCGCGGGUUGUCCCGGACCAGAGGAGCAAGUUUGAGAACGAGGAGUUUUUCCGCAAGUUGAGCCGGGAGUGUGAGAUUAAAUAUACUGGCUUCAGAGACCGGCCACAUGAGGAAAGACAAGCCCGCUUCCAGAACGCAUGCAGAGACGGACGCUCAGAAGUUGCCUUUGUAGCAACUGGUACCAACCUUUCCCUGCAGUUUUUCCCAGCCAACCUCCUUGGAGAUCAGAGGCAGGUCCCUACCAGGGACUACGUCGACUUUGAGCGGGAAACGGGGAAGGUGCAUUUAAAGGCUCCUAUGAUUUUGAAUGGAGUGUGUGUAAUCUGGAGAGGCUGGAUAGACCUACAGCGGCUGGACGGUAUGGGAUACUUGGAGUACGAUGACGAGAGGGCACAGCAUGAAGACGCUUUAGCCCAGGCAGCAUUUGAGGAGGCCCGACGUAGAACCAGAGACUUCGAAGACAGAGAUCGAUCGCACAGGGAAGAUCUGGAGUAAAGACGCCAGCAGGACCGCAGCCUUGGCUUAAACAUGGCCAACACUGAUGUGGAGCACAAGACAUAAGGCAAGACACUGAUGAAGGACGGACACUGGCUGCUCAUUCAUCCGAACAUAACUGCAAUUGUUGAUGAUCACAUUAUUGAACCUUAUUUUUUGUAAAACACAUUAGGUGUUUCAUUAUUUGAGAUUGAAAGUGAGAGACUGUAUGCUAAAAAAAACAAAAACUAAACAAAUGAAAACUAAAUAAUAAACAUUAAAAUGAGCACAACAUAUCUGGGAAACUUGACACCAUACAAAAGUAGUGCUAUAGUAGUAGUAAGAUCUAAAAUAUGGUACAAACUAAAGCCUAAAGUAAGAAGUAUGAGAAAAAUAAUUGCAAACAGUUUGGAUGGCUCAGGGUCAUGUAAGGGUCACAUAAGCCUUGCGCAACAAAUUGCUUUUGUAAAACUGCUUGCAUUCACAUCCAAAAAUCUGCUGUGUUCUUAGACUAAAGUUCACGUUUGCUGGAUAAAGGGAGGGAGGGGGUGCGCAGGUGGGGUUUUCCAGGGGAAGUGGUUAUUGACAUUGCGAGGUCAACAAAUGUUUGCUGUAAAAUAACUGUAAUUAUUUCAUACUGCAUUGCUAUGUUCAGGUCCUAAAUUUAAAGAGGUAUGUAGCAACCAAACCAUCUCAAGAAAGGACAUAAGGUCUUUUUCACUUCUGGAAGCAAUCUGGAAAAAUCUAAAUGUCUUCCAUAGGGUUUUGCACUAUAUGGUUCAAAUAUUUGUCCAACUGUAUUUUUAUGAGCAAAACAAAACAACAAAGAGCCCAGGUGUUUGCAGAUGUUUGAGAAAUAGAUUAUUGUUAUAAUAUGAUGUGGUAUACAUGGAUACUUUUAAACUCAUGCAUUAUUUCAUAUUUUUGCUUAACAGAAAGGUACACUGGGCAGUAAAACGUAUUAAAUUAUUGUUUAACAUUAAUGGAAUGUUUCAAUGUAGGUUUGUCACGAUAACAAAUUUGGAAAUGCGAUGUAUUGAUGAUACAUGAUAAACGAUAACAUAGAAACCAAACCAUAAAGUAGAAUUAUGCCCAAAAAAGUAUUUUAAAUGUACAAUAUUGUUAAAAAUAUGAGCUGCGAUAUAUACAUAACAGAAUGCAACACUUAAGUAGUUAGUCUAUAAUGAGUCGAAGUUAUUUAUUCAAGACUCUAUGAUCAAAUCUUAUUGUACUACAGAAAAAUAACCAAAAUUUUCCCACUAAUAAAAAGGAAAAUUACCAUGAUAAAUACUGACCCCCAAAAAGGAUUAUUUGAUUUGUCAUAUAUAGUAAUUAUGGUGACAGGACUAUUUCAAUGUUCAAAAUGUGGCUUUGAAUGAAAAUUCUCAAGGUUGUUUUUAUAAUACAGAUGUUUUAUCCUAUUUUCCAGUCUGCUUCAAUUCCGCUUUUGGUGAUAAUGCAUUUUAUUUCAAACUACCCAUUACUUAAAGAAGGAGUACUACAAGACCAUAGUGGUCUAUUCUCUUGUUACAGCACUAGUGUGAUAAAACGUUACAUUUUGUUAUCUUAUUAUUUUGUCUGUGUGAAAGUCAUGAUGUUUACUUUUUUUAUAUAUAUUUUCUGUAUUCAUUUUUCUUUCAGCUUCAUUACAACAUAUAGCAAUGGUGUUGUAUGUAUAGAUGAGUUGCAAUGUUUGGAUAACAUGGGAAUGUGUGCUUUUGUUUUCAUGUGUCUUUUAUUUCUAUUAUUAAUGAUGUUAAUAAUAUGUUUGUUUGUAUGCCCUAGCCUUUUGAUUUACAGCUUGAAGCUCAUUUCAUUUCCAGUGUGUAUUAUACAUGUGUGCACUCAACAUUUCUAUUUGAAUUUUCCUAUGAAUAUGGAGCCCCCUUCUUCCUCAAACAGCUUUACAUUUUGUGUUUCUAUCCAUAAAACCCCGUUGGUAACAUUUUAUAAGAGUAAACAUUUUAAAGGA